AACAAGAUGCUAACUUGGGUUAAGAAAAAAAUCUUCAAUUCAAAAUCCCAUGAUGCCCCAUCCGAAGGUUCUGCGGAUCCAAGAUUUUCUAGGAUGGUGACGUGCCAUUCGUUGUACUCUCCUUUGAAUCGGGCAGUGCCGAAUGAAGACAAAUGCCGCUGCCCCACGGAUGUCAACAAACUAGUUGCUGGGCUGGACAGGAUAAUGCUGCCCAAAUAUUUCAUCGAUUUGCUGAGAAAAUACAGCAAACUGAGUGUGCACGAAUUAAAUGAUGAAAUAACCAGAAUGGGCGCUGAGUCGAUUGAUAAUAGUGGCUGCAAAAACCGCAUGCUUAUUCAACUCAGGGAAACCUUUCUCAUGGAAAAUGUCCUCAUAAAUGACGAUGAAGAAACCGCUGCGCCAACCACUCGUACUUUGCAAACUUGCCGGUGUUUAUACGCACCCCUAGCAAACGACUGCCGGUGCCCAACUGAUCCCAAUGACCUCAUUUUCGGCCUGGACUUAAUGCUGCCAAGAAGUGCAAUUCAUAAGCUUCGCAGAUUUUGCGACAUGAAUGUUUAUCAACUAAUGGAACAGGCUUAUAGCUAUGAAAGAGACUUCAUUGGAAGUGGUUGCAAGAAUCUUCUGCUGCUCUUUCUUAGGGAUAAAUUGCUCGAGGGAAAAGGCAAACCAGGGCUGAUGAGUUCAGAGGAGUUUGCCAUGGUCAGGGAAGGAAUCGCAAAUGAUAAUUUUGAAGGAGUAGUGCUGACUUCCGAGCACGACGCGCACGAGACAGUCCGAUUAAGUGAACCUGAAGAGCCAAUUGUUGAUGUUUUUGAGAUUCAGACCUUGCCGACUUGUGAUUAUUCAUACACGGAUCUGCAAGUCAAGGGAGACGAGUGCAAAUGCGUUACCGACCCCACCGUUUUCCUCGCCGGGCUCGACAGUAUGUUGCCCUGUGUUUCGAUUGAAUUGCUGAGGGAUAGCUGUCAGAUGAAUAUUUUUCAAGUUAUCGAACAAAUAAUUAUUUUUGGCGUUGGAGGCACUCCCAUUAAUGGCUGCAAGAAUAAAAUGCUGCUUCAACUCAGAGAAAUCUUUCUCUCACAAAACAACAUUCUUGAAUUAAAUACGUCGCUUAUUCCUUCUACAAAAUACCGAAUUGCCAAAGGGGGAAAUGCAACCUUCACGCCAAGUGCCCCUCCAGACUCGGACCCUCUCACCUCUGUCAUGGAGAGCCUGACUGGAAUGAGUGAGGACCAAAAGCAAAUGCUGCAGUCCCUGCUGGCCGCUGAUAGUGAGAAGGAUAAUGACGGGACACAACUCGACUGCUGCAUUUGUUUGGACCAAAAGCGAUCCAUGGUGUUCGUGCCGUGCGGACACGUCGCUUGCUGCCAUAGAUGCGCCGACCAGCUGUCCAAUUGCCCGGUCUGCAGGACCAAAAUCGACAUGAAGCUCAACGUGCACUAUGCUUAAAAGUAAAGAUUUAUAAAAAAAUUUGUGAUAAAUCGAUUUUUGCUUAUAAUCUAGGUGCCGUUUAAAAUUUUUUGAGAAAAUCAGCUCAAAAGUGAGCAUGCUGAUCAAGAGGUGAUUAAUAUCCUUUAUUGUAAAUCACGAUUUAUUCGCACACCUCAUAAUUUGCACUUUAUUGGAUUGUUCACGACGAAAAGGAUCGAAAUCAAGUUAAAAAUCACUAACAAUAAGCUGUUUAAUUUUACGAGAAAUACGGCAAAAUCUGAAAAAUAACUGUUCCUCGGUCCUGAUUUCAUUAUUGCACAUAUAACAUUAUGAUAGUGAUUAACUGUUUCUAAAUUUUACAGACAAUUAAUAAACUUAAAGAACUACUUGUUAUGAUGUGUCGUGUGUACUGAUUAAACCUGUAGUAAUUUAACUCUUUAUCAUAUAUAAAUAUCAAUAAAAUUAUUUUCAUUAAUCCAAACAUUAAAGAAUAUUGUUACUGAGAGCCAGCAAUAUA